AUAUAGCGGCUCAACUUAUUUGAUAUUAAGAAUAAUAAUGAUAAGAUAAAAAUAAUUCUAAUCAAGUUAGAAUAAAAUUUAUUUAUUGUUAAAAAAAAUCAUUAAAAUGGCGAAGACAAAGACGAUUAGUAAAGGAUGUCCAAAAUGUGAAUUACAGGUACCGGUAGCUUGUAAAGCGUGUCCCUGUGGCCAUUCAUUUUUUAAUGCACGUAGAAAUUCAAUGAAAAGUCCACCAAGUCCUGAUGGUUCUGGCGCAAUGAAAACAAGACGGACUAAUCGGAUAAAACGGCGUAUUAAUUAUUAUGAUGCAUUAGAAUAUGAUAAACAAACUAAAAAAACUGCCAAGUUACGCCGUGCAGCAGAACCAAAUUCAUUUAAUAAUUGUGCUCAGUUAAAUAAAAAAAAAAAGCGUAAAGUCAGUAAAACUAAAAGUAACCGAACAGGUGGUAACGGUAGUGUCGGAGAUGAUGAAGAAGAAACUGAAGGUGUUAAUGCAUUAUCACCAGAAAAACAAUUAACAUGUUCGUUAAUAUUACAAGAAAUUAAUAGUAAAUUUCUGAAUGUUGCCUGGAAACCAAUGUGAUCAUUUUUAUUUUAUAAGUCUUUUUUUAUAAGAAUAAGUUAAUUAAUUAUUAUUUAAAAAUAGUAUAAACUAUUAAUAAUUAUUAUUACGUAUAGUAAGAAUGUGUUUAUUAACAUUUACAUUGAAUAAAUAGUUUUGAUUCAAUUUGUAAUAAUUUUUUUUUUUUUUGUAAUAAAAUACAUUAAUUGUACAAGUACAUAUAAUCCAUUCAUUAAUGCAUUUAUAACAAUUGUAAUGAUUAUAAUAAUAAUUGUGCAAUAAAAUACAAUCUUUUCA